AUGGCUUCGGACAAGAACGGACAGGAGGCAAUGGAUACCGAUGCAGCCGCGCUGGAUACGAACCUCUAUUCCAGGCAAAUAUACGCUCUCGGAGAAUCUGCAAUGAUUCAUCUCAGAAAGGCCUCUGUAAUAAUAUCUGGAUUGGGAGGAGUAGGGGUCGAAGUGGCGAAGAACCUGAUUCUUGGAGGAAUACGCAAUGUCACUCUCCAUGAUACCAAAGAAACUCGAUGGUUAGAUCUGUCGGCACAGUACUAUCUCACUGAGAAUGAUGUUGGUAAGAAUCGUGCUGCUGCUAGCUUCGAGAGGCUUGCUGAGUUGAACGACAGCGUUAAUUGUCAUCUCUUGGUGAAUGAGCUUACCGAAGAUGUUGUGAAGCAGUUUGACCUUGUUGUCCUGACUGACACCGCUCGAAGUGUGCAGUUAGAUGUGUCUCGUUGGACUAGGGCCCAUAACAAGCGUUUACUGAUAGUAGACGCCCGUGGUUUGUACAGCUACAUAUUCGCUGAUUUCGGUGAAUCAUUCAGAGUGGACGAUCCUAAUGGCGAGCAAGUGAAGGAGUUUCUCAUCGAACAUGUGGACGCUGAAACUGGGGAUGUUAUAACUUUGGAAAACCAAAUGCACGGCUUAGAAGAUGGAGAUCACGUCACCUUCUCAGAAGUUAAAGGAAUGACACAACUCAACGAUUGCGCUCCUCUCAAAGUAACUGUGAAAAAACCACACGUGUUCAACAUUGGAAAUGUCGUUAAAACCAUGUCAAAUUAUGAGGAAGGAGGCCGCGUCAAGCAAGUGAAGGUACCAACUUAUGUGUCACACAAAUCCCUUGCGGAAUCAUUGGCCGAACCGGAAUUCGUCUACUGGGACUUUGCUAAAUUCGAUUAUCCCUCUCAGCUGCAUGUUCUUUGGACUGCACUGUAUGCCUUUGAAGCGAAGCAUGGUCGAAGUCCCAGGCCACGAUGCACUGCCGACGUGGAGCUAUUGAAGGCUGAAUUGCCUGAGGAUAGUUCAGUGAAUGAGAAACUAUUGAAGUCAUUUUGCUUCCAGGCUAUGGGUAACCUGGUUACUAUGGCAUCCGUAGUCGGAGGUAUUGCUGCUCAAGAAGCGAUGAAAGCCGUCACUCAUCAUAUGACUCCUCUCAAGCAGUGGCUCUACCUAGACAGUGAUGACGCGUUACCCGGAGAUUGGAGUCGCGUGAUUCCCGGUAUGAUGGACAAGCUGCGGUAUUCGGAUGGAAAUAUCAAGAUGAGCUUUCCUCUCAGAGGUGGUUUGUCGUUGGUGCCUGGUGCCAUUGGAUGUGAGCUGCUGAAGAACCUUGCAAUGAUGGGUGUGGCAUGUGGCAAAGAUGGCUUGAUUAAGAUUACGGACAUGGACCAGAUUGAAAUCAGCAAUCUAAACAGGCAGUUUCUUUUCCGAAUGAAUGAUGUUGGGAGCAAGAAAUCCGUCGUCGCCGCUAGAGCUGUCAAGGUUUUCAAUAAGGAUGUAAACAUUGAAGCUCUGGCUGAAAGAGUUGGUUCCGAUACUGAGCAUAUUUUCAAUGACGAUUUCUUUGCCGAGCUUGAUGGAGUCGCAAAUGCUCUGGACAAUGUUGAUGCCCGUCGUUACAUGGAUCGAAGAUGUGUGUACUAUUGCUUACCAUUGCUUGAAUCUGGAACCAUGGGCACGAAGGGAAACACACAAGUUGUCUAUCCUCAUCUCACGGAGUCUUACGGAUCUUCUGUUGACCCCCCUGAGAAGGACAUUCCAAUCUGCACUCUGAAGAACUUUCCCAAUGAAAUCCAGCAUACCAUUCAAUGGGCCAGGGAUUUGUUCGAAGGUCUGUUCACCGCUCCAGCUGAGACUGCGAAUCAGUUCCUUACUGAUGAAAGAACGUUCUUGGAGCGGCUUGAGCAGAUGAAUGUCAGCCAAAGGACACAGCUUCUUGGGCAGGUCAAGGAUGCUCUCAUUGAUAGUAAACCAGCGUCUCCUGAAGAUUGUGUGAAAUGGGCUCGUCUGUUAUUCCAGGAGCACUAUCACGAUAAUAUCGCUCAAAUGCUUCAUUCGUUCCCACCUGACCAAGUUACCGAUCAGGGAGCGAAGUUCUGGUCUGGUACUAAGCGAUGCCCUCACGUUCUUGAGUUCGAUCCAUCUCAAGAGGAACAUCGAAACUUUGUUUAUGCUGCCUCAAUAUUACGAGCAGAAAUGUAUCGCCUGAAGCCUUUGCUAGAUGUAGAAGCCGUUAUGAAAAUUGCGAAAUCUGUUCAACCUCCCCCCUUCAAGCCUCGUGCAGGCGUCAAAAUUGCGGUUACGGAAGCCGAAGCCAAAGAAAAUGCUGACACGGAUGACGCUAACGCAGAAGCAAUGCUAGAACAACUAAAAGUGAAACUCGCUCGCCUGCAUACUAAGACUAUUCCUAAACUGAAGCCUAUUGAUUUUGAGAAGGAUGACGAUACUAAUCAUCAUAUGGAGAUGAUCACUGCAGCGUCUAACCUGCGUGCGGAGAAUUACAACAUCCAGCCUGCGGAUCGUAUGAAGGUAUGCGAAUGA